CACGGCUCCUGCACUUUGGACCCAGUCUGGACAGGACAGACGCAGUGAGCAGUGAGCAGACGGACACAGAGUGCAGCAACGUACGCCUCUGCCACGAACAGCUCGAGCUGUGGGAGAUCCUUGGUGCCAGGGCCAGUGUUGGGGAGGAUGACGCGUGUGGUGAAAGUGCUCUGGCUGUUGCUCUGCCUGGCAGUGUUGCGUGAGGCCAGCCCACCACCAGAAUCCCUCUAUUACCAGCGCCGAGCCUCUGUGUUUGCUGACCUCAGCGUCCCCGAGGUACGGACGGUGAGGAGCUUCCUGCUGUCUCAGAAACAUCUCAACCUCUCGGCUGCCAGAACACCAACGCUCAACAAAAACUACAUCUUCCUCAUCGAGCUGCUGCUCCCCAAGAAGGAGCAGGUGCUGGACUUCCUCCAGGGCCACGUUUGUCCACCACAACGCAAGGCCAGGGUGGUGGUCUUUUUUGGUGCUGAGCCAGCUCCCAACGUCACUGAGUACGUCGUGGGACCUCUGCCACUGCCCAGGUAUCACUACCCCAUCAGGACGAGAAGCAGCAGCUCCAUCAAGUUCACGGCACGACCCAUCACCUCGGUUGAGUACCAGCUCCUUCACAGCAAGAUAACCCAGGUUACCGAGGUGGCCACUCCCCUGCUGAGAGACAUCAGUGGCUUCUCGUUCCACAACUGCACUGACCGCUGCCUGACCUUUACAGAUGUGGCACCCAGAGGUGAGAGGUCAGGGGACAGGAAGUCAUGGUUCAUCAUUCAGCGAGCUGUGGAAGGCUACUUCCUUCAUCCAAUCGGCCUGGAGAUCCUGCUGAACCACGAGAGUGUUGACCCUGAGCAUUGGGUAGUGGAGAAGGUUUGGUACAAUGGCCAGUACUUUGACAGUGUGGACGAACUUGUGGAGAAGUACAACAGAGGGCUGGUGGCGAUGGUCAAGCUGCCCGACCUCCACAAGGAGGAUUUAUUCUCCUCCUACCGCCCCCGUGGACACUUACAGACCAGAGCCGGCACCCCUGGACCCAAGGUCUGGGAGCCAUAUGACAAGAGGUACUGGGUCAAGGGGAACUCGGUCAUGUACGCAGGGUGGACCUUCGCCUUCAGAGUCCGUUCAUCCACGGGCAUCCAGCUCUUUGACAUCAGGUUCAACAGCGAGCCUAUUGCCUACGAGGUCAGCCUUCAGGAAGCCAUUGCCUUUUACACUGGCCACAGUCCUGCCACGAUGCAGACCAAGUACAUCGACACGGCCUGGGGCAUGGGCGUGAUGGGGCAUGAGCUGGCAAAGGGCAUUGACUGCCCGGAGUUUGCCACCUACAGGGACACCUAUCACCUCCUGGACAGUGACCAGCCUGUGCACUACAGGAACACUCUGUGUAUCUUUGAGUAUCCCACCGCCGUCCCCCUCCGCAGACACUACAACAGCAACUCCAGAGGAGGCUACAACUUCUACGCAGGUCUGGAGGGACAGGUGCUGCUGCUGAGGACCACCUCCACAGUCUACAACUACGACUAUCUCUGGGACUUCAUCUUCCACCAGAAUGGGGUGAUGGAAGUCAAGGUCCAUGCCACUGGCUACAUCCACGCCUCCUUCUUCACUACCGAGGGACUCAACUAUGGCACCAGGGUCCACCAGCACCUGCUGGGCAAUCUGCACACCCACCUGGUCCAUUACAGGGUGGAUCUGGAUGUGGCAGGAACCAGCAACAGCUUUGAAACACUGGAGAUGAAGCUGGAGAAAAUCAGCAACCCCUGGAGCCCCGGAGAUCACAUCGUGCAGCCUCGGCUGGACCGGGUACAAAGGGAGCGUGAGAGAUCGGCGGCCUUCGCCUUCCGCAAGCGUCUGCCCAGGUACCUGAUCUUCUACAACCCCAACCAACAGAACCAGUGGCAACACCAGCGAGCCUAUCGCAUCCAGAUCAACUCCCACGCCGACCGCGUUCUGCCCCGUGAUUGGAAGGAGGAGAAGGCAAUUACCUGGGGAAGGUAUCAGUUGGCUGUCACUCGGUACCGGGACAGUGAGAGCUGCAGCAGCAGUCUCUAUGUACAGAACGACCCCUGGGAUCCCAACGUCAACUUCGAGAGAUUCAUUCGUAACAAUGAGAACAUCACCAACCAGGAUCUGGUUGCCUGGGUAACAGUUGGCUUCCUGCACAUCCCCCACGCAGAGGACAUUCCCAACACCAGCACUCCUGGGAAUUCCGUGGGAUUCUUCCUCCGUCCUUUCAACUUCUUCCAGGAGGACCCCUCAGUGGCUUCCCGGGAUGUGGUCAUCGUGCGGCCGGUCACUGGAUCUGUGUCCGAAGUGAACAUCCAGAGGUGGACGGAGGUGACCAGUCCCCACUGCCCAGUCAGCAGCCCCUUCACCUACAACGGCACAUACCUCCCUGUGUGAGGACCACUCCCCAUGGCAGAGCACAGCCAGAGGUAGUCACCCUCCAGAGUUCCCCACCACCCCCCGACCCUCCCACCACCCUCCCCAACGCCCUCUGACCUCCGACCCUCCCAACGCCCUCCGACCCUCCCCAACACCCUCCGACCCAGUCUCCCUCCACAGGUCCCCACCACCUCCCACACCCCCAACACUCCCUACACCCCUCUCCAUCCCAAACACUCCCCAUACCCCUCUCCCUAACGCCCAAUGCUCUCCACACCCCAACACCCAUCCUACUGUGACCUCCCAACGACUGGUGCCGACAUUUUCUGCUCCAUCAGCUGUAAGGUUGAAGCCUUUGAGUUUAUUCAUGUUGAAACACAGAGAACGUUCUGAAUUAAAGCAGCCUCCAGCACAA